UCUCCCUCUUCCAUUUCAACUCCAUUUUCACACCUCAUUCACUAUGGAAAAUCCUCUACCAAUUGCCGUCGAUUUCCCCAAUCAAAACAUCCAAAUCGAAUUUGAUGCCGACGCAAUCAAUGCGAAUUCACCUAACCCUACCGGAGACCUAUCGGAUUCACACCGGAACGGAACGAUCAUCCGGCCGCACUUGCUGCUUCCGAAGCCGGAUGCGCCGCCGGGGCUACUGAAGAAGUCGUUCUCUUUUCCGGAAAAGUUCGAUUCGCCGGCCUCCGCCAUCGGAAAAUUCUUCCGGGAGAAGAGCAACAGCGUAUCGGAGGCGCUGAAGCGCAUAUCGUCGCUGACGAAGGACGGAAACGGCGAAGAAGAAGAAGAUCUUCUGGUGAAGGAAUUCGAUCUGGUCGGAGUUAAGGUGGUGAAGAGGCUGAAGCAGGGGACGAAGGAGCUGAACGUGAGAAUCAGCUUCUUCUCGAGGUCGAAUUGCCGUGACUGCACCGCCGUGCGGUCGUUUCUGCGGGAGAGGGAUCUGAGUUACGUGGAGAUCAAUAUCGACGUGUACCCGGGGAGGGAGAGGGAGUUGAGAGAGAGGACCGGCGGCGACUCUGUGCCGCAGUUGUUCUUCAACGAGAAGUUGAUCGGAGGACUGGCGGCGCUGAACUCGCUUCGGAACGGCGGGAUGCUGGAGGCUAAAUUGGAGGAGAUUCUGGGGACGAAGUGCCCCGAUGACGCGCCGGCGCCGCCGGUGUACGGAUUCGAUGAGGAAGGCGAGGUGGCGGUGAUGGAUGAGAUGGCGGAGAUUGUGAAGGUGGUGCGGCAGAGAGUGCCGAUCCAGGAUCGCAUAACGAAGAUGAAAUUCGUGAAGAAUUGCUUCUCCGGCGCGGAGCUCGUGGAGGAGCUCAUCCACCAAUUGGAAUGCGGCCGGAAAAAGGCCGUUGAGAUAGGGAAGCAACUUGCGAGAAGACAUUUUAUUCAUCAUGUCUUCGGUGAUAAUGAAUUCGAGGAUGGAAAUCACUUCUAUCGCUUCCUAGAGCAUGAGUCCUUCAUACCAAAUUGCUACAACUUCAGAGGGGUGGUAAAUGAUUCCAAGCCCAAGGACGCGGCUGCAGUGAGCCGAAGCCUCACUUGCAUAAUGUCAGCCAUAGUCGAGUCCUACGCCUCUGAUGAUCGGCUUAAACUUGAUUACCUUGGAAUCAGCAACAGUGAAGAGUUCAGGAGAUAUGUAAAUGUGGUGGAAGAUCUACAGAGAAUAGACCUCCUUACUCUUUCCCACGAUGAGAAGCUAGCAUUCUUUUUGAAUCUGCACAACAGUAUGGCCAUUCAUGCUGUUAUCAGAAUCGGUCACCCUGGAGGAAUGAUUGACCGGAGGCCCUUCUUUUCCGAUUUCAUGUAUGUAAUUGGGGGCCACCCAUACUCUUUGAAUUCAAUCAGAAACGGCAUUCUGAGGAGCAACCGGAGACCACCAUUCUCGUUGAUAAAGCCCUUUAGCAAUGGCGACAAGCGCCUGGAGUUAAGUUUUGGCAAAGUCAUUGAACUGAUUCAUUUCGGGAUGUGGAAUGCAACGAGAGGAAGCCCACGGAUCAGGUUCUUCAGAUGCGAGGGCAUCGAAUCUGAACUGAAGAAGGCUGCAAGAGAGUAUUUUGAGAGGGAGGACGGCGUGCAGGUAGACUUAGCCAAGAGGAGAGUCUACCUCCCCCGUAUUAUCAAGUGGUACAGUGCUGAUUUCUGUCAAGAGAAACAACUGCCUAAUUGGAUCAUCAACUACUUGGAUGCAAGUAAGGCAGGUCUUUUGACGCAUCUCCUUAGUGAUGGGGGUUCUGCCAACAUAGCCUACCAGGAUUAUGAUUGGUCUCUUAACCUCUGAUCAACCCGACCAUGAUGUGUAUUCUUCUUCGACAGAAUCGAUCAGCGAAAUAUAUAUAUAUAGAUAUAGAUUUUGUGGGAUGGUUGCAUAGCAUGAUGGAUAUGGGAAUGGUGGUGUAAAUAGUUGAGAGUUUUGGUGUUAAGGAUUUAUUCCCUAACCGAAAUCAAUUCCUCCGUGAA